GAUAAACAUUUCUGCGUUCGAUGCGCAAAAGUCAUAACACACGAGUGCAAUCAAUCUUAUUACGAUUACUGACGUAUUAGCGUCAUGAGUGCGGAUCGACAGAGAUAAGUAUCGCGAACGAUAUUAAAUGAUAUAUUCCGAAUCGAGCAGAUUUUUUUCCGAUCGCAUAUUAUUUUAUAAUUAAAGUAACGAUGAAGGAAAAGAAAUUUGUAUAAUUUUAGGACUUAUACAAGAUUAGAAACGAGACAAACUUGGUAAGAAUUUUGGUGUUCGUUUCAAGUGUGAACGAUUGUUGUGUUUGAGUGACUAAAAACCGGCUACUCAAAAUGAGCAAUUUUACCGUGAAAGAAUUGAAGCAACAACUGAAAAGUAGGAAUCUUCCAGUUACUGGCUUGAAAGCGGAUUUGAUAAAUCGGUUGCAAAUAAACUCGUCAUAUCAGUCUUAUACAAACUCGUCUUAUACAAGAGGAUCAAAGAAGAGUGAAUUAUGGGAUUUUACUGUAUUAGAAUUAAAGGAGCAAUUGAGAGCUAGGAACCUUCCAGUCACUGGCAUAAAGGCGGAUUUGAUAAAUCGGUUGCAAGCAAACGUGCCGUAUCAGUCCCAGACAAGCGGAUUAAGAGUCACAUUACAUAGACAAUUGCAAACAAUGGGUACUGACAGCAACUGUAUCAUCACGGCUUACGAGAAACCUACGAUAGACGGCAAAUUCACACAUACUAAAACGGUAGCGCACACCACAAAUUCGACGAACUUUGCAACAAGAACCUUUACCGAUGUAAAUAAGAUUCGAUUUGAAGAUACCAAAAUAGUGGGUGCCGCAAAGGUAACUAACGCGGCAGCAAGAAAUUCUACGGAUAUAAAUUUGAUUCGAUUUGAAGACACCAACGUGACAGCAGGUGCCACAAAAGCAACAAACGCAACAGCAGAGGCCAAAACGGUAGCGAAUGCCACAGAUACAACGAACGCAGCAAGAAGCUCUACCAAUAUAUUUGGAUUAUUUGAAGACACCAAAAAGAUAGCAGGUGCCACAGAAGCAAUGAGCACGACAACAGAGGUCAAACCGAUAGCGAGUGCCACAAAAGUGAUGAACAUGGCAACAGGAAGCUCUGUCAAUGAUAAUAGAAAGUUUUUAUUUGGAUAUCCUAGACCAAUAGCGAAUACCGCAAAGGCAACGAAUGCGGCAGCAAAAAGCUCUACUAAUAUGUAUGGAUCAUUUGAAGACACCAAAAUGACAGCAGGUACCACAGAAGCAAUGAAUACAACAGCAGAAGACAAAACAGUAGCGAGUACCUCAGAGGCAACGAACGCGACAGCAAAAACCCCUGUUAAUAUGAAUCUGUUUCAAUUUGGAAACACUAAAACGACCGCGGGUGCUGCUGAAGCGAUGAAUGCAGCAGCAAGAAGCUCUACAAAUAUGAAUGUGAUUCGAUUUGAAGAUAUCAAAACGACAGCAGAUGCCACAGAAGCAACGAAUACGACAGCAGAGGCUAAAGCGGUAGCGAAUGCCACAGAGGAGACGAAGGCGGCAGUAAAAAGCUGUGUUGAUUAUAUAUUUCAAUUUGGAAAGGCCAAAACUAUAGCGAGUGCUGCAGAGGCGAUGAACGCGACAAGAAACUUUACUGAUGUAAAUACCAUUGAAGGGACCAAGAUGGCAGUGGGUGUCCCAGAGGCGAUAAACGCGACAAAAUACUCUAUUGAUGUACACAUGAUUUGGAGAGAGGCUGAAUUGUACCGAAGAGAAAAAGAACUUGCUGAGCGAGAGUUAAUGUUGGCUCGAAGAGAAAUUGAGAUGCUUCGACAAGCUCUGAUUAAUACGGCUACUCGCCCACAAAAAAUAUGUUGCUGUUUCGAGAAAAUAUCAUUGGAAGAUGAAGACUGUAAUUUUAUCCCAAUGGCCAAACAAGAUAGGUGCAAUUGUAAGCAACGACCGGAGCAUAAGGACCGAAGGCAUCAACUCUGAUCAACAUUGUUUUAAUUGUGGUCAGCAUGAUCAUUCAGGAGCUGACAAAAUACAAUGGUGUUAAAGUAUUUUAAGUUUUAAGUAUAGCGACGGAAGGCAUGUUGCUUCGGAAUACCUUAAGAAAAAUGAAGAAAAAAGAAAUAGAGUUAUGCCAAUUAGAAGUAUGAGAGCAGCUAUCCUAGCUUUUUUCGUGACAAAAUCAAAACUUCUUGUGCUACCGCCAUCAACAUUUAUUUUAAUAACUGUGUCCCUACUUGUUUCUCUAAAAGAGUCUAGA